GCUUUGCGGACCUUAGUGAGACCAGUCGCACAAUCCCAUAGGCAUUUUAUGAUCGGGGUCGGUCGGAAUUUCUGACUGAACUCUUAUAUCAGCCUGGAAUAAAUGGAACGUAAAUUUGCAGAGGAAAAUGUGUAGUUUAAUUCAGGAAACAAAAAUCUGGCGACCUUCCUUUUGCCGGUGUGAUAUACCUAUUGUGCUGCACUUGCUUGCUAUAGUGAGUUUCGUAGGAUAGCUAGAUUUGCGUUUUCUGGUACGGAUUUUUUUUACCAGACAAUUAUAUGUGCAACACAUGGAAUUUAUGCACAUCGUUUAGUUACAAAAUGUAUUUCACCGGGAAAAGUUAGACAAUAUUUCCAUAAACUUGCCAUUGCACAAAGGGUGGGCUAUUAUAAUAAUAGUUUAUUCCAUCGAUAGAGUCAACUAAAAGAGUUUAGCUCAGGCUAGUAAAAAUAAAUAGUGCAGAUAUGUCAUAUUGUCGACGGAUAUGCUGGUACACACAUUGGGCAGCAGUUUAUCGACCACAAAAUGAGGAGGGUUUGUCACAAUAGUCUUCCUUCAACAGUUUAUAAGACAGUCGUUAUUGCCUAACCAGAGCGAAUUUAUCGCAGCAAUCCAGUGCGCACGGUCUCCCCGGCUGUUAUCCGGCAGAACGCGCAGGAUCCACAAAUCUGUGAAGACAUUCCAGGCCUGAUCCCCUUUAUCCAAAUCUGAAGACGAUACUGGAAAUCAAGCAGAACUUUCAGGGAAUAGAAGAGUUCUUUAUAAAAACUUGGAACAACAGUGAGAUCUGCUGGUUGUAUUCUCCAUUGUUUUUAUUCACAUGUAUUGAAACAAGUAGAGCCAUCAGUGAUUCCAGCAGCCCCCCUGCCUCCCCUAUCCAUGCCUACAUGCUCAGCAACAGAUAAGAACUGUUUUGAUAAUUGUAUGUAAUUAUAAUUUGUGUGGGAGACGGAGCUGUCUCUGUCUAUUAUCACCUGUAACCUCAGACACAAUAACUCCACACAUUUACAUAUUUCUCUCCAAAAAUGCUUUUCUUUCAGUUUUAGGACCAAAUCAGGAAUAAUCAGAGUUAUUGAAGGAAUGGCACAUGUGAACUACAAUGUGCUAUUCAGUCCUCAACCAUCAUAAUGAGACACAACUGAAUUCAAUCUGUAGAGUUACAUCUAAACCUCAAGCUCUUUUCCUUGUAUAUUCUAUACUAGACCAUACAUACUAAGUUUGUACAUCUAAAAACAGAGGUACCCAUCCAGCCACUAGCUAAAAUGAAAACUGCUUUUUCAGCUGUCUAUUUGAUAUAAUACGAUUUGUCGUAACGUUUUAUACUUUCUCCUCAUUUGUGGUAUUCACUGUCCUCUGUCCUUAAUGUAGGGCGCUGGCUCUGUAGCCUUCAGCCCAAUCAGAGGAACAGUAAGUGCCUAUGCAUUUUAGAUAAGACCAUAAAACAUUUAAGUAAAUAAGUGGCCAAUGCAUUAUGUAGUUAGUGACCUGUGAUGUUUAUAUGCCUAGAAGGGCAAUGUCCUGCUUUAUAGUCACACAGUAUGUUUACACUUCGCCACAGCCAUUCAGUGCCCUGACCCGUCAAGAACCACAACCUCUCCAACUGCCAUUCAAAUGGUCUGCAACAUCUAAAAGCACAGGAACACAAAUGAUUUAGAUUUAUUUAGCAUGAGAUUUAUUUAGUACACAUCUUUUAUUUAGCAUAAUAUUGAAACAUUUACACAUUUAUAUGUAGAGAUUUUUCUACUUUUUCAGAGAAUAUUAGUUUACAGGUUGAGUCUAAGUGCAAACUGGGAAUGUAUCCAGCGCCAAAACGACAUGAUUGAAUCAUUAACUGUUUACAUUUUAGGAUGAAUGUUUACAGAGGACUGUUGCCCUUAAAACACAGGCCUAUGUGUCAUUUUGUGACAUAUCAUUUUACAAGUGCCAUAACUCAUUGAGGAAGCUUACUUCCUGUCUUCAGCUAAACAAAGCACAACGUGUUCAGGAAUACGUCAUGGUGAAGGUAAAAACCCUCUGUUUGACCUUUCAUCCAAGGAGAUUGCAUCUAUUUUUGUAUUUUUGCAUGUGAAUGUUAUAACCUCAAACUAACUUCACAUGAUUCAUAGCUAGGUUUUGUAUGGUAGAUAGGUUCUAGAACUAGGAGAAGAAAUAGACGAUCUGGGUUUGAUCAAGAUCAUCAUUUUCAAUUUACCCUUGUUUACUCUGUGAGGCUUAUACAGAUCUGAUUUUACUGUAAUGGGAUGCAGAAUAUUAUCACAGAAGAUGUUGAAGAUAAGAGUAACAGAAUGAAAGCCGUGUAAAUACCUCUGUCACCAAUGGUUGACACUUACAACUGGUUGACACUCAUGACUUCCAUCUCUUAAAGCAUAUCUAGAAUUUUUUCACGAAGUUCAUCAGACAUAUUCAUUAUUAAAUUGAGAUAUUUUGAAACUAUGAGUACCAAACAACUCAUACCUGAUACCUAAAUGUUUCAAAUAGUGUUUUAGUGGUUUAAUUCUGAAAAAAAGGACAGCAUUGUAACAGCGUUGAGUCGACAACAGAAAAUAGAGCUCUUAGUCAUGUAAAGAUGACGCCCACCACCAAUCUCCAAGUCUUCGCCGUCUCCCUCCUCUCUUUCCUUGCUGCCCCACUUACCACAGCUGAGGACAGCUCCCCCUCUCCCUCUCCCCUACGUACCGACCCCCGGCCUCGCCAGGGGGGCUCCACCGACCCCCCUCAGUCCGUCCCCAGCCCCCCUCUCCUCCUCCUGGCCAUCCAUGCCAACCUCCGCCCCGCUGCCCUCCGGGGCAGGCCCAAAGCUCCAGAGAAACUUCCAGAAUCCCCUGGGGUUCUGGAGACCCCUCCCCGACCCCUGGCCCAGAUCAUGUUCCCCAAGAAUGUGACGUCUGCGGCAGCGGGAGCCCUGGCUCCGCCGUUGGGCACGGCCCAGGUGGCUCCUCCUCCCCGCACACUGGUGGACGUGGACGUGUGCCAUGGUUACUAUGACGUCAUGGGCCAGUUGGACAACACCUUCAAUUGUUCCAAGGACAGCUUCAUCUACUGCUGUGGCAGCUGCCACUACCGCUUCUGCUGCCCCGACCCCACCCGUCGUUUGGAGCAGAGCAGCUGUACCAACUACGACUCCCCGGAUUGGGCCAAGACCCCGCCACCAAAUGCCAUACUCCUGGAUGAUGAUGAGCCGGAACUGGACCCUCUGCAGCCUCUGAGCCACAACACAGGCUUUGUGAUUGGAGGUGUCAUUGUGUUUAUGGUAGCGGUUGCCGUGGGGAUUAAGAUAAUGUUCAACAAGGUGUCGCAGCAGGCCAACAACGGAGAGAUCAACAUGCCAAGAGCGCUGGUGGACAUGUUGCGUCACCAGUCCAGUCCAGUGCAGCAGGAUGAGAGGAACAACAGCGUGGCUCUGUGUGGUUCAGGGGAGGGACAGGGUACGCUGGGCAGACCUCCCAAAAACCUCUACGCUCCUGGCCUGCCCAGCAAGGACAACAGACUGGGGAAUAUUCAACACAAUUUUAUCCAUUCAGGAACCAGUCCCAAUCACACUGCUACCAUCGAACACGCCCCCCGUAUGAACAACACCCAGCUGGCGGCAGGAGGAACUCUUCUGUCCAGCAAACACAACAAUACUAAAGAGCAGCCCUCCUUCCACCACUCCCUCCACAACCUGGCACAGCUCCCCCCAUCCUACGAGAACGCCACCAAGCCAGAGCUCAACAGAUACUCCUCGCUCAAACGCCUGGAAAAGAGUGGUCUUGAUGAAUAUUCAUCUGGCUACUGCACCACCAAGAGGCGUCCCCACACGGCCCAGCCCGCUCUCCAGUCCUCCAGUCACCACAUCCCCUGUGGCGGAGACUACAACACCAUGGGUGGGAGGGGCACCCUUCCUCGCCACGCCCCCCGCCCCUGGAUUCAACCCACCGGCCUACCCCCCGUCUCCCCCACGGUCAACCCCUACCCCCUGGACCCAACCGAGCAGCACUACAACCUCAACUACGACACCCUGUCCAAGCCUGCCAGGAAGGUCAUGUCGCAGGACCAGCUGCUCAACAUGGGGGACGUCCCUGGGAACACUGGGACCCUCUCCAGGAUGUCCAAGAACCAGCAGCACCAGUACUACAAAGCCAUGGCUGCUGCUACUAAGAACUCCAACACCCAGACCCUGACAAGGAAGCCCCAGGAUCGACCCCAGGAGCGGCCUCAGUCCAGCACCCAGACCCUGACAAGGAAGCCCCAGGAUCGACCCCAGGAGCGGCCUCAGUCCAACACCCAGACCCUGACAAGGAAGCCCCAGGAUCGACCCCAGGAGCGGCCUCAGUCCAACACGCAGACCCUGACACGGAAGCCCAGGAUCGACCCCAGGAGCGGCCUCAGUCCAAACCAGACCCUGACGAGGAAGCCCAAGGAUUGGCCCCAGGAGCGUCCCCAGGAUCGCCUACUCAUGUCCCCAGAUCACCUGGAGGAGAGCAUGGGUAGGGGUGUCGGAGGGAUGGGAGUGGGUGUGCAGGAUCCAUACGCCCAUGGAGGCGGGGGAGGCAUGGUCCCCACUCUCCCCCGGGGUGGUCUCACCCCUCAGCAGAAAGCCCAGUCCCAGCAGAAUGUAUGUGCCACGCCCUCCCUGGACCGCCACCACAUGAUCAAGAUGAACUCUCACCCCACCUCAGGGAGGGAGCAGGAGAGAAGCCAGGGCAUGACGGGGCAUAUGAGUGGAGGCAUGGGGGGCUGGGGUGGUAGCGAGAUGCCCGGGGCGGGGGUUGUCAUGGGAACGGGGACGCUAGGGGGCCACAGCGCCAAGAGGAUGGCUUUCGCUGCCAAGAGGCAGAACACUAUCGAGCAGUUACACUUUAUACCAGGAGGGGGCGACGGAGGAGCGGUAGGAGGAAGUAGAGGAGGAGGAAGUGGAGGAGGAGGGGGAGGCAGUCAGGGCAUCAGGACAGGCAGUAAGAAUGAGGUAACAGUGUGAGGGGCACCAGGUAGAAAUUGCCAUCAACUGCAGAUCUAGGAUCAGAUUAUCUCACCCCUAAACCCACCCUUGACCAUUAGGGGAUGAACAAAUAUCUGACUCUGUAUCAGUGGUUAGGGCAAAUUCUACCUACUGUGUGUGUGGUCUUCAUGAAGAGAGUAGACAUAUGAGAAUAGGAAGGGUAGAGAAGGAAAUAUGGUGAAUCAAUCUGUACAUAUAGGGAGAUGAAGGACUUGCUUAGAGGUCAAAAUGGUAGAGGAACGGAAUUAUCCUGCCAUUUUUAUAUAUGUGAUACAUCAGCCAUAUUUCAUAUCUAAUGUGCCAUAUUGCCAUACACUGAUUCCAUGAAUAACUGAAAAAAAAACGUGGGAGAAAUUAGAUAGCUAGGACUUAGUUAAGAAACUUGUUUGUUCAUGCAUAACCUCGUGUUUUAUAUCAAAUGUUUUACAGAAUACAGAAACUUUUGAGCCAUAUUAGAAAGGAGGGACCAAGAUAAUACAUCUAAGUAUGAGAGAGAGAAGAGUGGUGUACGGCCAGACUGUGUACUUCAGUGUUACAUAGAAAAACAGGUUACACUUGUAUCAAAGGAUGCUAUUUUCCUCAUGGAGCAUUGAACUGAUGAUCUUCAUGACCUAUGAUGUGGAAUGUCGGAUGAUGUAGGGUAUUGAAUCCGGGGAGUGGUGUACGAGUGAGCCCGCCUCAUUGUGACGCAGGAAAACAGAGCUGUCGAUAGUUGCUUCUUGUGUGAAUGAGUGAGUGACAUUGGGAAAAUUGCUUCCAUACAUUCUCUAGUUGCCCCCAGUAACUGAUCUGAGGUCAGUUUUGCAUCCCACCACCGCCUAAUAGUUAUGCUCAGCAUUUGGGGAGGUUGAGCUGAUCCUAAAUCUGUGCCUAAGUGCAACUUCUACCUGGAGCUCCCCUGUGACCCACAUGUCUUCAUCAGAACAACCAAAUCUGAUUGAGCCAUGAGUCACUAUGUUUGACGAGGAACUUCUCAGUUGAUCAGCCUACCAAUAGGAGGAUUAGCUACUGCAACUACAGGGUAUUUUCUUUCAUAGAGCACAAAAAGUACAGUAUGAUGCAGGUGUUGCACUUCAUAAUACGACUGACCUUCAAAGCCAUGCAUUGGGAUACAAAUAAAAUACCACAGAGAAAGCACGUCUGACAAUCACCAUUUUAUUAAUCUGACCAGAGGAGAACUGACACAAGCCAACAUUUCUACAGGACAAUACAAAUGAUUGGCUUCAGAGCAAGCCAAAGUGUAUGUGUCUAGGGAAUUGACUGUAACAAGGCAGUGGACUAUAAUGCAUACUGUAGGAUGACUCCAAUGAUGAAGCAGUCAUAUAUGAGGGUGAGACUCAGAAGAGACUUGGUUGGCUAGGAUGCCCUUCAUCAGAAGAGGACCUUGCUUGUUCGUAGUAACACACUCCAACCGUUCUCUAUUAGGUAGAAAUGUCAUAAUAUCAAUAAUAAUGCUUAAUAUUAAGGGCUAUCCUAUCCUACAUGUGUGGCUUUGGACCAUAUAAUACAGCAUAUUAAUGCUUUCACUUAAUUUGUGGUGUUGAUAUUGUCACUGACGUGUGAGUACUAAUGUCCUGUAGAUGCCUGGAGUCAAACUUGUAAAAAAAAACAUGAGCAGUUUUUUUCCAGCCCAGCUCAAAGAGGGAAACACUAAGACAGAAACGUUUUUGCACAAUCCCCUGAUAUUUGCACCAGAUAAAGACAGACAUAUUUUGUAUCACGUCUUAGUGGUUUACAUUGAGCAAAAAAAGGACACUCAGUCACUGGUGAUGCGCGGGUCUGUGUUUGAUAAACUUAAGGGACUUAAGAAAAUGAACAGACUUGUAUUCGACUAAGAGAGAAGUAUAACUGUAUAUAUAUAUCAUCUACAGUAUACAAAGUGUCUCAUAUUGCUUACAAAUGGACAGAAGAAAAAAAUCUGACAUAAUUCAGGAGAUAAAAUGACUGACAUGUUGAUACAGAUUUUCUUUUGACAAUCUUCCUAUACACAAUGGUAACUUACCCAGUAAGCAAAAUGGCAUCUUUUAGAUGUCCAUGGACGUCGGCGUCAGACGGUGUUCAUUGGGUAGUCCGUGUCGGUUAUUGUCAUGAUUACAACAAGUGUUAUUAUUAAUGAUUAUUAUAAUUGUUGUUAUAAUUAAUGGUUAUCUUAUAGUAAUGAUGUUGGUGUUAUUUUUCUUAGUGAGAUUUUAAGUGUUUACAUGUUUUUAGAUACCUAUCUUUCUCAUGACAUUUAGUUUGCUUUUGUUACAUCUGAACACAAAAUGGGGAUUCAAACUAACACUGUCUAAUCUUGAUGCAUGUCAACUCCAUGGCUUGGUAAUGCAUUGACCAUAUGCCUGAAUACAGGGAUUUAUUACAGUAUGUUUUGAGACAAAGGCCCAAUUACAAACCUCUCCCUAGUCCCUUUCCCUAGAUGGAGCCUUCUAUCUAGACUAUUUGAAAAUAUUGCAUAGGUAUUAGCAAAAGUUGUGUUGGUUCCACGUGUUGGGGUGGAUUGAUUACACUCACCGUUCACAAGGUCAGACAAUAUUGAUAGGGACUAGGGAGGGAAAAGUUCUGGGUUUGGGACCAAAUUGAAACACUUGCUAACACCACAGCCUAACCCAAUAAAACCCAAAGGGUUAACACAUGAUGUCACAAUGUAUGUGUUUACAUUAAUGUCUUAAACACAGGUAGGUAAAAGGGGUAUAACAGUAACUACCUGAAUGUUCAGUAACAGUGUCUUUUUUCAGGGAAUUAGGACAGCUAACCUAGUUUUAGAUUUGUAUUCAAGUCACAGAAAGUCUGUAGCAAUGUCUGUACUAUCGCCACAAGCCAUAACCAUUGAAACAGUCAUUACAUACACUUCUGCCAUUAUUUUGUACAUGGUAAACCUUUUUUUGUGUAAGUAUAUUGUAUUUUGUAUAGCUAGUACAAUCAGAAUAUUCUAAUGGGUUGUGGCUCUCUUCUAUAACACAUUAAUUUGAGGCUUCAACAAAUUAUAUGUGAGUAUUUAGUGGAAUGUACAGUGACCACCCAAAUGCUUAACAUUUAACAUAUUUCUAUAUAGCCUAUUAUGUGGCAACAGGGAUAUUUUUGAUGAGUAAUGACAAAUAACACAUGUAAUAGAUGGUGAAUAAAAUAAGACACAAAGAGAUGAAUGAAUAGGUGUAUGUUUCGACACCAUCAUUAAUUAAUUUAAACAUAUGUAGAACGACGAAGGAUAAAUCUAAAUCUAGAUUUGUAUGAGAUUAUAUAGAUUUGUAUGGGAUGAUAUUUACAAGUGAACUUCAUGAAUGUUUUCAUGACUAUUAUUAAUUUUAAUAUAUAAAGGCCUACUUUUAAUUUCUCCAAUGCAUUUUGAUCCCCUUGGAUACAGCAGUGAUCAAACACUACAUUUGUAAAAUAAAGUUGGUGGAAAAGGU